CGAAUCUAAGUUUUACUACAAGCACGUUAUUCCAUCUGCCGUUGCAUGAUAAAAACAAAAUGACAUUGACUGAUGUAUAGCUGACCGAAAUAAUGAGUCGCUCAGAAGACUCAAGGUCUUGGCACAGCGAUGAGUUUGGGGAUUACUCAGAAACGGAUCCGCUGCUAGGUGGCAGCACUCACAGUCUAUUUAUCUCCCCUGGUGAGGAGAACCCCGAUAGAGGUUACAGUAGUCCCGACAACUUGUCUCUCGAGGGAUCGGUGAUUAGACAAGGUAGUGACACAGAGUCAGCGAAGAAAAAGUCUCCUAAAAAACCCAAAGGCGCCAGAAAGAAGAAGAAAAGAAGAAAGUGUCCGAAGUUUCUGCGAUUGAUCGGGAAAACGUUACGGAAAGUCUGGCUGUCGGACACAAACCAGUACACUGCGGUUAAAUCAGCGCUGACCUUUCCAAUCGGAAUUCUACUCGGAUACGCGUUCAACCAGGUGGUUCUGACGAAGUUUGACCUCGAGGAGGAGACCUACGAGAUCGCGUCUGCAGGCUGUCUCUUCGUUAUCGCCGUGUGCUUCACGGCCAGUGUUCGCAUGCGCUGCAUGCUCUCUCUCGUGGUGCUGCUCAUCUUCGGCAAGGGCGGCCGUUCCUACGUGUCCGCGUUCGCCAUCAUGUACCUGAUAGCAGGUCCGGUCACUAACAUAAUCUAUAACGCCAAAGAGACCACCAAAAUGCUGACCUGUAUGACUCAGGUUCUGGUCAACCUGACAAGGAACCGAUUUAAACUUCGAACGGAACCCAUCAAGGAAGGGCUUAAAGAUAUCCAGAGUCGUGGUUUUUAUAUAAAGGAAAUCAUCGAGAACCUGCAGAAUUCAUAUCAGCCAAUCAGAGAUGAGAUCGAAGACGACAGCGAGGUUGUGAUGUUGAAGGAUGAACCAAAGAAGGCGCCAAAGUACGAUCCUAAACCGAAGAAAGAGAAGAUGACCAUUGAAGCCGAGAUAACUGACGUGGGCGACGACGAUUCGAAACUGGCUCGAAUUCUCGACAUCGAGAGAAGGUGGCAGAAAAAACUCAACUACCGCUGUGAAGGCGUCUUUCACCUGGCCACCCAACGGUGCCGGAAGUGGUUCGCCAACACAGAGUCCCAGUGUCUGAGUUUCUUCUCCAUAUUCGGCUACAUACUCUGUCUGCCUCUCAAACUGAGCUUCCUGUGCAACAUCAUCCGAAUAUUCACUGGAGUUCUUGGAUUGGACUGCAACUCGGUGUCGAUCAUGAACCCUGGAAUGGGGGAGACGUACAGUGCCGUACACGACAUGGUGUACGGCUUGGAUCAGAACUUUAAAGUGAACAUGCAGUACAAGGUCGUGAACUCACAACAGGAUCUGAACUACAUGAGUGCUGAGCAUGCGCGGAAGGCGACGAUGCGCAUGUUUGAGGAGAAAGCGCGAAUCAUGAAGUUUGUCAUGACCGUCAUGAAGCGUCUGUUGGCCUUCACCUUCAUCAUAGUGUUGAGAAAGUAG